CACAACUGGCUUGGCCAAGUUGAGGUUCAGGGUUAGGCUUCUGUGAAGAAGAGUCUUAUUAGGGACAAAAACGGGGUUGAGCAAUGUGGGUCAGGACGACACUGAGGAUCGAAAGGUGGACUAAGGAAAAGACUGAGGACGAGGCCAGCAGCUGGGAGGAGAGCAGCCCGGAUAUAAACAGGUUACCCAGCUGGGAGCGAGGACAUCUGCUGGCUAGUGUGGCAUCUAGCACCGAUACGUCUAUCUUCUCUGAAGGUGAACUCAAGGACACUGACAGAUGCUGCUGGAAACAUAAGCCAUGCAGCGGGCACAUCAUCCACCCCUUCUCUUCUGACUUCGGCCACCACAACCUGCACGUGCACACCAUCAGCUGCUGUGACUGCGACUGUAGGCUGAAGAACUGCUCAGAGAAGACAAAUAGCAGCACCUCCCGAGAGAGUGGCCCAACCUGCUCCAGAGAUGUGGGCUCCACCUGUUUCAACAUCAUCCAGACCCCGUGCUUUGAGUUCUUCCCAGAGGAAGAGUGUGUGGAGCGGUUCUGGUAUGGCUGGUGCAAAAGCUACAGGCCUGUCUCUGUGGCAGUGAUCCACCAUCCCAUCCACCAUGAGUGUGGGGCAGAUGACCUAAAUGAAGAAGAGGAAGAGGAGGAGGAAGAGGAGGAAGAAGAGGAGGAGGAAGAAGAGAAGGCAAGCAAGCCUCUUGGGUCAGCCCAGAUGGGUCCAACCACCACACCCACUGACACAAGCACAGGGGUGGCCCCUGCCACAGGCACCCCUGAUUCGGCAGCUCCCAUCACCAUCUGGCGCUCUGAGAGUCCCACUGGGAAGUCCCAGGGCAGCAAGGUGAUUAAGAAGGUCAAGAAGAAAAAGGAGAAAGAAAAAGAGAAAGAAAAAGAAAAGGAGGAGGAAUCAGACGAGAAGACAAAACUGAAGAAAAAAUUCAAGAAGACCAAGUUGGCUAAAAAGAAAAGCCCGGUCAAAUCGGAAUCGUCACCUCCAGACUUGAUUCGAACACUAAGCCCAAGAGAGCUGACUAGGAUGUCAGAGUCCAGCCCAGAGAGCCGGGAGGAACUGGAGAGUGAGGACAGUUACAGUGACCCCAAGCGUGAGGAGCCACCCUCCAGUGAGGAAAUUGUGGAUUCGUCAUCACCUAGGAAGAGAGAGAAGAACUUGAUCCAGGCCAAGAAGCCCGGGGCAAAGCCCUCACCGAUCAAGAAGGUCAACAAGAGGAAAUCUCCCCCAGGAUCAAACCCCAAUCUCAGUUGAGGCCGGGGGACCAGGUGAAGAAUAAAUUCGAUCAAGUCUGUAGCUGAACCCCUGCUGCUGUGUGCUUGCUCUGGGGUCAGCUGGAGCCAGGGGCUGGGGCUGCAGGGGUUCCUGGAGGGCAGUCCCCCUGCCACGAGAAGUGCAUGGGAAGGUAGGUGGGAUGGCAGGGGAGAGGCAUGGCCCAUUUCUCUGUACCAUCCUAGGCCUGGGGCAGAAGAGGGAUGGGUAGGGAGGAGCUUCCCAUCUAUUGGGAGACUGGUCUGUGUGAAGUCCACCCCAAGACAGGGUACCAGUACUGUGUGCAGUGUACCCCUAAUAAACUGAACCU